AUGAUAGCUGCACCACACUGUAUUGUUCCCACGCGCUUCUGCCCUCUUCCCCAAACCCCUUCCUCAUCCCUAUCCCUAUCCAUACGCCGCACCUCAUACCUGCCGUUGGACAAGCAUCGCAUGGCACCUAUCCUAUCCGGCUCCCCUUAUCACAAAAGAUCGUGCACCCGUAAGCAUUCAUCUUCCACGCGAACUCGCCAAGUCAGGCCCACCGAGCGUCGCAUGACGAGCUCUCUAGAAAGAGUGGCAAGGAGCCGGGCGCCCGGUUACCAGCACCAAAACCUUGCUCCUACGCCGAAUCGCUUCAGCAUUCUCGCUGACCUUGAGCCGUCGCCAGCACCGAUGAAAUGGCUGUUUGACUUCGCUCCCCCUCCGUCCAAACCGAGCAAGCGUCGCCGUAGACGAACCGGCAAGCAGAAGCUCAAGUACACUCGAAAGAUUCGAGAAGCGCGAAAGAGUGAUGUUUCGGGUGAGAUAUGUGACAAAGUCGCGGCACUGAGCUUGAACGAUGGUGGAUCGACCACACCAACCACUUUUACCAAACCACGGGACAGCGUCACCAACGCUUUGGACACAGUGCGGCAUCAUUGGGCGCCGCAGUUCCGCCCUGGAAAAAGUCUGGAACCUACCACUCCUCAGAAUGCAUUUUUGCAGCCUGACCGUAUAUUUAGAGAGAGAGCCUCUCCAUCCCCCAGUCAUCACGGGACUUCUCCAUCACCGAGUCACCACGAAGAAUUUAAACAAAAGGAGCCUCGCUUCUUCUCAUUACCAGCUUUUCUCGCGAGCCCUCCUCCUGCUGCACUCCAAAUACCAGCAGGCAAACCCCCACGUCCAGUCACGACUCGAAACUCUCCAACAGAAAGGUCAUUGGCCGAAAUGUCUUCCACAUCUGCUCAAGAGGCCGUUGCAUCGGCCGGUCGGGCCCUUGCUACGGAAGGGUUUAACACUGCCCACGGUAGACUGCCGCUAUACAGACUCGAAAAGGAUGUUCAAGUUGGUCUUCCAGAUAUAGAGUCUCUUCCGCCGAUUACGCAACAGACAGGCAUGCAGCGACAGAUGCAGGAGGGUUCACACACUAGGGCUUUGCCGUCCACUCCACUCUCCAUUACUUUUCCUCACGUUGCAGCUCCCGUUCUUACGGCCCCGCUUAUGCCUGAGUCUCUUCCGACAUCUUCGCCUUAUCUCCCCGCCGACUGCAGUCCGAACUACGUAUCUGGGGAACUAUCCCAACUUUUGCUCAAGAAAUCCUGGCUACGCGCAGAUAUUUAUAAGUCGCCGCACCCAUACACUUAUACAUACCGAGAUAGCCAUCUACUUUCACUUGAAGCCGUGGCUGGUCCAUCCUCAGACCCAAGUGUUGCUCCACUAGAGCCACGUACAACGAGCCGCUUUGAUGGGUUUUUCCGAUCGGUGUACCCCCGGGAUUUCCUCGGAAUGGGCCACGGUAACCCUUGCUGGUGCUCAAAUUGUCCGGACAGUGUGCCUUUGGGAGAGCUGCCAGGCGAAGAGGUGUGGACAACGCCGAAAGAAUUGAGGAAGUCAUUGAGAAGAGGGUCCGCACCUCUGGGUUCCCCCAGACGUGGUAACAAUCAACAAGCGCCCAUCGGCACAGACCGGCCCAGGAAGAAGUCCCCUAAACCUGUGCCUACGCCUCGAUCGUCUCCGCCCCUUACACUACCAGAUGGAUACGAGGAGAUCGUACCAGGGUUAGCUCGCCACGUCCUCGCGCCUUUCAGCGACCGGAUCGUCCCCCAGAAUAACAUCUGGACUAUGGUGGCCCUAGGUGAUGGCCGCGACCUCUUCAGGGGCUCGCAACCCUCCGCACCACCGCCUUCCCAGGACGGCUACUCCAGCACAUACCUACCAUCGCCGCCUCCGCCAACAGACGAUGACUACUCCAUCUUCCAACCUUCAACCCCUCGGCCCAUCAGCGCCACAUUUUCACAGCAAGGCCUCGCCUCCGAGCCCGAGCUGCUCUCAUCAGACUACGAGCUCGCCUCCGAGCCAGAAAUGCUCUCCUAUCCCACUCCGACGUAUGAGCUCUCGGAGCUCGCCUGGACCGCUGGCCCGUCCAGCAGCAGCGCGGUAUCUCCUGCUGAGGGCGUACACUGGGACGGGUCUGUUGCGGAAAUCUACCUGAGCCCGACGUUGUCGCCGGCGCCCAGCCUCCCGUCUGCGCCGCACUCCCCCCAACAAGCACAUGGCUCUGCUGAGGCUGAGCGUGAUGAGGAGACUUCCAACGCCGAGGAUGUUUAG